GAAAUUUGGAGCUGUGAGGGGCGAAACGUCACAGGGGUAAAACAUUGCAACUUAAUAACAGUCCUUUAAAGUUAUCAGCAUACAAAUAACUGUAACAAAGUUAACCGCACAGCAGACGGUCAGCGUAACUUCGACCUGCUCGGGAUCACACUGGAAGUUGGUCAGCGGAGGUUAGCCGACCAGUGAGCCGGCGUGCAGCCGCAGCAUGUCGGUGCACUUCGAGGAGAGGAGCGGUGUCGUCCCUUGCAAGACACCGUGGGGCUCCUGGUACCAGACCAUGGAGGAGGUCUUCAUCGAAGUCAACGUGCCUCACGGGACGACUGCCAGAGAGGUCAAGUGUCAGCUGGGGUCCAGAGACAUCGAGCUGUUGGUCAAAGGAAAGGAAAUAUUUAAGGGAAAGUUGUUUGGCACAACUGUGUCAGAUGAGGCCACGUGGACACUAGAGGAUAAAUGUCUCAUCCGGAUCAUUCUGAUGAAGACCAACAGAGAAGCAGGGAACUGCUGGUCCUCGCUGCUGGAGGGGGAGUAUUGUGCGAAUGCCUGGGUCCAGGACCAGAUGCAGAGAAAGCUCACUCUGGAGAGGUUUCAGAGAGAGAAUCCUGGAUUUGACUUCAGCGGCGCAGAGAUCUCUGGGAAUUUUGCAGGCGGUGGUCCAGACUUUUCCAGUUUACAGAAGUGACCCUUACCAUGAUGUUAGUAUAUGCUGGAGGAGUUACUGCUGCCCAUCAUCCACAAUGUGCAGGACAGCAGUGGCUGUAUCAGGUCUUCUGUGACAAGUAUUUGCCUUGAAAAUAACUGAAACACUGGCUGUCACAUCAUCUGUCUCAGCCACAAAGGACUAACUUUGUGCAAACCAGAUGUGGGAAGGCUCAACUUAGGAAGUUGAGAACACUGGUUAUGAAAAUUCUGAUGUGUGUUUUAAUAAAAAAGAAAAAUACACUCAGCAUUAGCUUUUCAAUAAAGUUUUAUUGAAAGGUACAAAUACAUAGGUUAAUCAGAUGGUGUAUUCAGUCAGUCCCUUUGAAUUUGAGACCACAUUUUGGGAUUUUUUUUUUUCACUAAAAUGAGGACUAAACAGGGAAACUGGCACAGAAAAUGCAAUAAAUUCCAACCUACAUUUCCACUGCAA